AUGUUGCAAUUCCAGACGCAUUUAUGUGAGUGGCGGCUGCUGCAGCUCGAAGACUUCGCUCGAGCCACGGGGCAACUAACUGGCCUUCUGAUUGUCCAGGACAUGUUUGCACCAAAUGGACUAUUGAAUGCUUGGCGAAAGCAUGGCAGCAAGUCCAAGAUCAUGAGACGUCUUACCAGCAUGAUGGAUGAGCACUAUCCAGGUGUGAUGGAGUCUGUUCUGCUGGUGAAUGCCCCAUGGGCCAUGCAUGCUAUCCUGCGGAUCUUGACGCCUUUGCUACCGCAGAGGGUGGUUAAGAAGCUCCAGGUCGUGCCGAUGGCGCAAACUCCCGAGCGCCUGCAGCAGCUGGUCGACGAGUCGAAUCUGCCAGAGUUCCUGGGAGGAAGUGCUGCUGAUGCUGAAUUCGUGCCCGCACGAGCCGCACUAGUAGCCAACGGAUCAGGUUCUGAACUCUUCAUCAAAGCCGGACAGACGGAAGAGCGCAGUCUUGAUCUGCAGCAGGGCGACAUUGCGGCCUUCGGCCUUUCCGUGGCCAACGGCCUGGACAUUCUGUUUUCCUGCCACUUCGAGUCGGAGGAGGAGGCAGUGGAAGAAGUGUUCACAGCCAGACGACUGCAGGAGGAGAGCUCCAGCUUCUCGGCGCCAAGGGAUGGAAGGCUGGUGCUCACCUUUGACAACUCCUAUAGCUGGGUGAAGCCCAAGGAUGUGCGGUUUGAGUUGUCCAAGCUCCCCGCGGAGGCACAGUGUUGGAUGAAGGGCCUCGAGCAGCAAGCGGAGCGCUUCGCCAAGGAACGCCAGGAGCAGGAAGAGCAGACAUUGCUGCAGGCAUCUCGACACGAGGAGGAGUCGAGGAAGAGACAGGAGGACCUCGAUCGGCGCAAGGCAGAGCUCCAGCAGCUGGAGGCUGAGCAGGAAGAAGCGGCUAGCCGGCUCCCCAACACGAGUGAGAAACAGCGAGAGGAAGAGCUGAAGAUUGCACAGCAGGCCUUGCAGGCUGAGCGUGAGGCCUUACAGCGACAACGCCAGGAACAGCACGACGCUGAAGAGAAAGCGGCGAGCGACCGGCGCACCCGUGAGGCGGAACUCGCCGAUCAGCAGGCACACCUCGAAGCACAGCGGAAGGAGGUCGAGAGUUGUCGGCAGCGUGGCGAGGCCGAACGAGAUGCGCAGCUUCAGGCUCUACAGCAGCACGAAGCAGAGCUGAAAAAGCACCUAGGCUGCAAAGGUCCAACCGGCGCAAGAGACGAGACGAACGGACUGCGCAAGUUCUGA